CCAACUCAGCGCGUUUUCAGUGGGGCUCAAGCAAGGAAACCAAGGGGACUGGGCGAGCAGUGCAAUAAUCCGGUUCUUCAGACAGAAUAGAAGUGAGAUGGCGUUAUGAAUGUUUACUUUCGUUACCAAUUCAUCAAGUCAGUUGGUUCAACAUCAUACAACAUUCCAGUUUCUUGGAACUUUUGAGAGUUUCAACGUUUUCCAAUGAAUUGUACAAGGGUUCUCCACAUACUGAACCCCAGACCCCUCUCAGGCCCCAUCAUGCCAGUGGACAUGGCCAUGCGGUUCUGUCUGUCCCACUCCCCGCCCGUCCGGAGCUUUCUGAGCUCCUACGAGGACUGCCGCUCCCGUUCCAAUGCUCCCCACGCCACCCUGCGACCCUGCAUUAACACCCGAGGAGGGGCAGCGGCUGCCAGCGAGCCCCCUGGUAGCCCCCGCCAGAGCAGGGGCAGCCCCACCACCAGGCCCAGGACCAUGCCCAAGAAGAGGGUGGUGUUUGCGGACUCCAAAGGCAUGUCCCUCACGGCCAUCCACAUUUUCAAAGAGUUUGAUGAGGACCCUCUGACUGAGCUGCAGUUUGACCUAGCAGACCUGGAGAAAGCCACCGCUGGCCUGAAGAUCUCCAUGGAGCGCGGCCUGGUGUUGGACUUCGCCCAGCCUGCCGCGGACUACCUGGAUUUCCGGAGCCGGCUAAAGAAGAACCAGGUCUGUUUGGAGAACUGCACCGUCCAGGACCGCGCGCUUACCGGCACCGUCAAGGUCUGCAACGUCAGCUUCGAGAAGUCCGUCUCCGUCCGGAUCACGCAGGACUCGUGGGCGACCUUCCAGGACGUGGAGUGCAGCUACAUGAACAACGUGUACGGUGGGCCAGACACCGACACCUUUGCCUUCUCGGCGGACCUGCCGGACGCCCCGGCGCCACAGCAGUGUGUGGAGUUCUGCGUGCGGUACCACACCCCGGAGCAGACCUACUGGGACAACAACGACGGGAACAACUACCGCUUGGUGGCGUCGGAUGGAGACGGAGAGCAGGCCAGCAGCGGGCUCGGCUCCGGCCUUACCUCCUCCUCCGCCGCCAUCCCUACCCCGUCAUCGCAAGAGUUCAAGCGGGACAUGAAGCAGGAGAUGGAGUUUGAUCAGUUUGGAUCGCCCAGGACGUCCAGCGGCUUCUUCCCAGAGUGGCAGAGCUGGGGCCGGAUCGAGAACACCACCAUCUACUGGUGAGGAGGCCCGGCCGCAGGCGUCCUUUACAUAACCACCUGACCCCGCAGCAUCAUCGACUUGAGGAAAAGAGGGGGUGUUGUCUGAGUGCUAAGCCCUCAAUACCCUUGUGUAAUUCUUACCACCACCCUUCCUAAGGAUAAAGUGAUGAUACAAACAUCCAAGUUCAAGAAAACCAAUAUCUCCGAGUUGACUCCAAUUUCACUUUUUUGUAAAGGAAAAAGGAAUGAACAAGUGGAUAAGAAGAAUGGGCCUGUCUGUUCAUGUUGAAGGUGGACAGAACAGUAUGUGUAUGUUGAGAGAUCUUCAACAGUGGUUAGAUCCUCUAACUAUCCCUGCCUCGCAGUUACCCUGCCGUCACUUUGAGCUGAAAACCACGACCACAGCAGUGGCAAACAAAAUGGUUGUGACACAGAUGAUUCUAACUAAAAGAGAUUAUUAGGGCAUUGGGAGUUUUAGAAAUGUCAAGACAGUGGUUUAGGCUUUAAUCGUUUUCCUAAAUUUAUGUGCGUGAACUAAAUCAUUUUUAUAGACUUAACAUGAAUCACAAGUCAUUAUAACAUAGCCUAGAUGCCUUCCUUUGUAAUCUGACAUUGAUUGUCAGUUUAGCUGUAUGUAAUAUGCUGGCAUUACUGCUACACCUGAGCACAAAAAGCAUGUUUUUGGGAGUCCAGCUCUACACAUGGGAGUUUGCACUUAAGUCAAUAUUUUUCAAGGGUGAUUGUUCAAGGAGGUUUAAUCAUGUUUUGUACGUGGAAACUGUCUAUGGCAGAUUUCCAUCACUAAUUCGAACAUGCCGUUUGUGCCACAAGGACAGUUGGCUCACUGGUCACAGUCGGUGUGUGGGCAUGUAGUGUAUGUAAUGUAGCCCUGUCAUGGGUGGCAGUCAGAGCAGGUGGCUUUGCACUGAAAGUGAAUGAUGCAAACCCUUGAUAUGUGAGAGAAUGAAUGGAGACUAAUGUAAUGGAUGGAUUCUCGUGGUACAAGAAGAGGAAGGUGCUUCAGUCCAAACAGAGAUUUAGGUGAAAUCGCUUGAUGGCAAAGCUAUCCCAGUCACCAAAUUAUAGUUUGUUUGGUGUGAAACUGAAGAGCUCAUGUUUUCUGUUAAGCCUUCUUUACGUGCAAGCUUGCACUCCCUUACCUUCCUGUCUAUGUUGCUGCUGGAACGUGUGUGUGUGUGUGUGUGUGUGUGUGUGUGUGUGUGUGUGUGCGUGCAUAAGUAUGCAUCUAGACUAUAAGCUGCUUGUCUGCAGUCACAUUCAUGGACUCAAGUUAGGCAGAGCUCUACUCUGUGUGAAACACUGAAAUCUUUAGAUAGAUGGGGAGGGGGGGUCAGGGAUGGGUUUGAGAGUGGAAGACUGUGGGAGGUGACAGAGACAUUUUAAGUAUAAGGGG